CCCCCCCCCCCCACCCCCCCACCCAACCCAGGCCCGGCGGUGCCUCCUCUCAUCUCCGGAUCGGCAAGAGCCCAGAGCCGCCGCCGCCUCCUUGCUGCCGGAUUCACACGACACCUCGUCCUCUCUCGUCAUCUCUACUAAGGCUCAUGGCGCAGCGCGACAAGAAGGUGGAGGAGCCGACGGAGCUGCACGCGCCGGAGCUCACGCUCUGCGCCAACAGCUGCGGCUUCCCGGGCAACCCGGCCACCAAGAACCUCUGCCAGAACUGCUUCCUGGCCGCCUCCGCCUCCGUCUCGCCGCCGUCGCCCUCGUCGUCGUCGCCCUCGCCGGCGGUGUUCGACAAGCCGAGGCCGGCGGCCGCCCCUCCCGCCGUCUGGCCGCCGUUCGCCCCGGCCGCCGACCGGGCCUCGGCGGGCCCCGCGGAGUCCCCCUCCAAGGCGCCCCGGACGUCGUCGUCGGUCAACCGGUGCCAUAGCUGCCGGAAGCGGGUGGGGCUCACGGGGUUCCGCUGCCGCUGCGGCGAGCUCUUCUGCGGCGCGCACCGUUACUCGGACCGCCACGACUGCGGCUACGACUACAAGGGCGUCGCCCGGGACGCCAUCGCCCGGGAGAACCCCGUCGUGCGCGCCGCCAAGAUCGUCAGGUUCUGAGAGCUGGGGAGCGUCACAGGACCACACAGCUCCACACCGAUCGAUCGAUCCGUCGAUCCAUCUCCCACGCUCUGGAAUCCCCUCUCUUUUUUUCUCUUUUCUUUCCUUUUUCCUUUUUACAAAGAUUUAAAGGUGAUUGGUCGAGGGUGCUGUCAUCAUGCUGUUCUCGAGAAUUCCAUAAAGAAGAAGAAGAUCAUGAAGGAAAAAGAAGAACAAGGAGCAGAUCAUGGGGAGCAGGGAAGCUGGGAGAAAAAGGGGAUCGAGAGCACAGUGCGAUGAUAAUGUUGUUGUAGCGGUGGUUGGGGAGGAGAUAGGGUCGGUUUGGUGUGUUGUCCUACUACAAAUCACAAUCUCAUAUUUAAAUUUCUUUCUCUCUCUCUCUCUCUGUAUUAUAAAACUAAAUUAUAAUUGGAAUCUCCUUAUUGCCCAGCCCGAGCUACUA